UGUGAGGGAGAGAGGGAGGGAGGAAGGAGGACAGAACAAGAGAGAGUCGUCUGAUCGAUCAGCCCAGCCUAGUCCCAAGAGAGACUGAAGCUGUAGAGGAGAAACAACGUGACUGGAAUGGAGUUGGGUCUUCUGCUGUGGUUGCUUUUGACCUUUCCGGGAAGCACAUCAGCAGUGCCAGACCAUUACAGUACAGCUGUGGAUUGGUUGAGCAGGUAUGGCUACCUUCCUCCUCCUGACCCGCGCACAAGUCAACUGCAGACUAAAGACGGGAUUGAGAAAGCCAUUCGUGUCAUGCAGAGAUUUGGCGGAGUCCACGAAACUGGGGUGCUCGACAGUGAAACCCUCAAACUCAUGUCCACGCCACGAUGCUCUCUGCCUGAUAUUGUUGGUAAUGAGGACAUGCUGAGGAGGAAGAGGAGGAGGAAAAGAUAUGCCUUGUCAGGCCUCAAGUGGCACAAGACAGACCUCACAUGGAGUGUCCACAGCUACCCAUCAGCCUCUCUCUCACCCAGCAUGCCUGACAAUGUGGUGGACAACAUCCUGACUCACGCCUUCAAAGCCUGGAGCGACGCCGCCCCCUUGAGUUUCCGUCGGCUGCCGGGUGACAGCGGGCGAGCGGGAGCUGGAGUGGACAUCAGAGUGACUUUUGCUCGCUUGCUUCACAACGAUGGGUACCCUUUUGACGGGCAGGGUGGCACCCUGGCCCACGCCUUCUUCCCCGGCAGAGAUGAAGUGGCGGGUGACACACACUUUGAUGAUGAUGAGAUCUGGAACUAUGGAGGUCACAGCAGUGGCAGCACAGACCUGUUCACAGUUGCGGUGCACGAGUUUGGCCACGCGCUGGGCCUGUUCCAUUCCUCCACUGAUCCGUCCAUCAUGAGGCCGUACUACCAAGGUCCUGUAGGAGACAUUCAAAACUUCCGGUUGGCCCUUGAUGACAAGUUGGCCAUCCAGCAGCUUUAUGGUGUGAAGGAUGGGGAACCAAAGGGGGGUGUUGAUCCAGACCUCCCACGCCUGCCCAGUCCACCUCCUCCAAGACCAACACAGCAUUCUGACCCCUUAUUCCAUGAGCGCUGUCAGGGAGGCUUUGACGCAGUCGCAAAUAUCAGGGGAGAGGUCUUCUUUUUUAAAGGUGAACAGUUCUGGAGAAUUAAGCAAGACAAGUCUUUGGUGUCCCUCAAUCCGGCUCAGAUCAAAAACUUCUGGAUCGGCCUCCCGCCAGGAACCAAUAAAGUUGACGCUGUGUACGAGAGAAAAAGCGACAGUAGAAUUAUCUUCUUUAUUGGAUCUCAGUACUGGGUUUUUAAGGACACAGAGGCUAUGAGCGGCUACCCUCGGCCCCUCUCCGAUUGGGGCAUGAGGACAAAGAACGGGGUGCUGGUGGACAGAGUGGAAGCAGCCUUCAUCUGGGCCCACAACGGCAAGACCUACCUGUUCAGUGGUGGAGAGUUUUGGAGGUUUGAUGAGAGCCGUGUGGGAGAACAGGUGACCAGACAGCCAGAGUCGGGUUACCCGCGGGACAACAGCCUCUGGGAGGGAGUGCCCACCCAUAUGGAUGACAUCAUCAGCUGGGGAGAAGGAGAUGCCUACUUCUUCAAGGACAACCUUUACUGGGUGCUGCAGAACGGAAGACUGAACCAAGCUGUCGUCACUCCUAAAUCCAUCGCUGUAGACUGGCUCAGAUGUCCAGCUCCUCCGCCUGCAACCUCCCGUCCUCGAUCCCCGAAGGAGUGCCACUGUGACUUGAAUGCGUCACCACCAUUUCUAAGAGGCAGCUGGCUCCUCCUGAUCUCGGUUAUAAUUUUUAUCAAGGAAUUUGUCAGAGAAUAGAUGGAUGGAAUUUGUUUGAAACAACGUGGCUGUUUAUGUGCUGCUUCUGUUGUUCCACAGGAAGGUUAUAGAGGCUCUUUACAUCAUUAAACUUGCAGAGUAUUACAAGCCACAAGCUGCUUUCAAGUUACACAUUUUGUCAUAAAAUUUUAAAUAUCCACCUGAUGUUUUAGCAUAAGACCAGUGUCACUGCAAAUACAUUCCCUCUUUCAGAACACUUUGCUGAUCCAUGAAAAUGAGCUGCUUGUGUCCCAAAUCCUUCACUGCUCACUAUUAGCCCACUACAUGGUGAGUUGUGAAUGAUUUCGGACACGGCCU